UGGUCUUAGUUUUGAGGAGCUCUAUAGAAAUGCAUAUACAAUGGUUUUGCAUAAACAUGGAGAAAAGCUCUACACUGGACUAAGAGAAGUCGUUACCGAACAUCUCAUAAAUAAGGUACGAGAAGAUGUACUAAAUUCAUUGAAUAACAACUUUCUUCAAACGCUAAAUCAAGCUUGGAAUGAUCAUCAAACAGCUAUGGUGAUGAUUAGAGACAUACUAAUGUAUAUGGACCGUGUAUAUGUACAACAAAAUAAUGUGGAGAAUGUCUACAAUUUGGGAUUAAUUAUUUUUCGAGAUCAAGUUGUACGUUAUGGGUGUAUUAGGGAUCAUCUACGGCAAACUCUAUUGGAUAUGAUUGCAAGAGAGCGGAAAGGAGAAGUUGUAGACAGAGGCGCAAUACGAAAUGCUUGCCAGAUGUUAAUGAUUUUAGGUCUUGAAGGAAGAUCAGUCUAUGAAGAAGAUUUUGAGGCUCCUUUUUUGGAAAUGUCUGCAGAAUUUUUUCAGAUGGAAAGCCAGAAAUUUUUAGCAGAAAACAGUGCUUCAGUAUAUAUAAAGAAAGUAGAAGCUAGAAUUAAUGAAGAAAUAGAGCGGGUGAUGCACUGCCUUGACAAAUCAACUGAAGAGCCCAUUGUAAAGGUGGUUGAGAGGGAACUCAUUUCUAAGCACAUGAAGACUAUAGUAGAAAUGGAGAAUUCUGGGCUUGUACAUAUGUUGAAAAAUGGAAAGACAGAAGACCUUGCUUGCAUGUACAAGUUAUUUAGUCGUGUGCCAAAUGGUUUGAAAACAAUGUGUGAGUGUAUGAGUUCCUAUUUGAGGGAACAAGGUAAAGCCCUUGUUUCUGAGGAAGGAGAAGGAAAGAAUCCUGUUGACUAUAUCCAAGGAUUAUUGGAUCUGAAGAGUAGGUUUGAUCGCUUCCUCCAGGAAUCAUUUAAUAAUGACCGGCUCUUUAAACAAACUAUUGCUGGUGACUUUGAGUAUUUUCUCAACCUCAACUCCAGGUCUCCCGAAUACCUCUCAUUAUUUAUUGAUGAUAAGCUGAAAAAGGGAGUCAAAGGGGUAUCUUUAGGUGGUGUUGAUCUCACAGUCCGGGUGCUCACGACAGGAUAUUGGCCCACUCAGUCAGCCACACCAAAGUGCAACAUCCCACCCGCCCCAAGGCAUGCUUUUGAAAUAUUCAGAAGGUUCUACUUAGCCAAACACAGUGGACGACAGCUCACACUCCAGCAUCAUAUGGGUUCUGCAGAUCUCAAUGCUACCUUUUAUGGACCAGUUAAAAAGGAAGAUGGAUCUGAAGUUGGUGUUGGAGGUGCACAAGUAACUGGCUCUAACACACGGAAGCACAUAUUACAAGUCUCCACUUUCCAGAUGACCAUAUUAAUGCUCUUUAAUAAUAGAGAAAAAUACACAUUUGAGGAAAUUCAACAAGAGACAGAUAUCCCUGAAAGAGAGCUUGUUAGAGCCCUACAGUCCCUCGCCUGUGGUAAACCAACACAGCGGGUUCUUACAAAAGAACCCAAGUCAAAGGAAAUAGAAAAUGGUCACAUAUUUACAGUUAAUGAUCAGUUCACAUCCAAACUACACAGAGUCAAGAUUCAAACAGUUGCUGCCAAACAAGGUGAAUCUGACCCUGAAAGGAAAGAAACAAGGCAGAAAGUAGACGAUGACAGAAAACACGAGAUAGAAGCUGCUAUAGUGAGGAUAAUGAAAUCUAGAAAGAAGAUGCAGCACAAUGUUUUAGUAGCAGAGGUAACUCAGCAGUUGAAGGCUCGAUUCCUACCAAGUCCAGUUGUUAUUAAGAAACGUAUUGAAGGACUUAUUGAGAGAGAAUAUUUGGCACGAACACCUGAGGAUCGCAAAGUAUACACAUAUGUAGCAUAAAAUGUGUUCAGGAAUUUGAUUUAUUCUUGGACUGUACUCUUCGCAUGGACUGGGAAGUUCUUUUAAAUCAUUAAAUAUUAAGACGACCAUCUCUUCUAUUAAAUUACAGUACAUGUUCUAGACCAUUCAGAUCAAGCCUUUACUCCCUUUGAGAGUUUUCAACAUCAGUUGAUUGAGCUUCAGGCUUUACAACGUUUAUCCGUGUAGAGAUCAUCUUUACAGUUCCUCGGGAAAAUGUGAAUGUGCCGCGUUUUGUUUUCAAUACUGUAUGAAAACAGGAAAAAAUAAAACAAAAAUUUAGAAAAUACAGCUCAUUAAAAUAAAAUUGUUGAAUUUCAUUUCCCCAGGUCUUCAGUGUUGAUGUAAAUGUGUUUCUGUAGUGUUGCUUAGCACUUUGCACAUUGUGUAAGUUGGGUAACAAAAAUGGCAAAAGAAAUGCAGAAUUCCCAUUUAUCUUGCUCUGCUUAAGACAUUUCUUUAGCUAGUCUUGUUUAAUUUAAAGGUUUGGUAAAUAUACAAAGACCCAAACAUACAAUUUGAGCAUGCUUUAUUCUACCACUUGCACUUACUAAUCUUAUAGCCUUAUGACCAGGAACCUUUGUUUUGGGCUCAUUACACACCCUGAUUUGGUUUUUCCCUAUUGUAAUUUGAUAUUUCCCAAAUUAAGUCUUAUCAUGAUUAGGCUUUGUUCUGAGUUAUUUCUAGAGAAAGAAAAUAUUUUAGUAUGUAUAAAUUGUAUGAUAAUUUUUUGCUGUUGUACUUACUGCUAAUAGUGGAUUGUAUAGGGUGGUGUUUUUAUUUCAUUUCUUGUAGACAAACAAAUGAAUUUAGUAUACACAUACCCCACUAAUUCAAGUAUGUCAGAGCACAAAGUUGGCAGCUGGUUAUAUUUAAUUCAGCCCCUUUGAAAAGCACAUACAGUUUAUACCUUGUUUAUAAAUAUCUUAGGUUCCCCCCACCCCCACCCCUUUAAAUAUAUAUUUUGGUGAAGCUGUGGUGCACUAUUAAUUUGUUUCAAAAUGCAAUCUAAAGAUGCAAUAAAUAUGAUUACAUUGAUAGUUUCAACGAAAUCUUCAGUUCAUGCAGCUGUGUUUUGGAAAGUGAUCAAGCAAUAUUUUUCAAACCUGAUGGUUCUUGGAUAUUAGCUGUUGUCCUCCAAAGAGUCAUCAUUUCACAUUUUCAAAGAUGUGCUUUGUUGCUGAUGAUUCUUGUCAGUUAUCCUGUGCUUCCAACUUACACCAGUGUUUUUUACCCGGUUGAUCUGCCAAGGAUUAUAGUUUGCUUUAUUUUAACUUUAAAGUAUUUUUAUCUUCAAUUUUAUUUAAUUUUGUUUUCAUAAGACAAUGUUUCAGAUAUGUAAUUGGGGCAAACCACUAUAGAUUUUUGUUGGAUAGGAAAGUGAAAUGUUACUAAUAAGGUUAAAUAACCUACCCUUCAUUGAUUAUCAAUACUGUUGAUACAUUUAUUAGAAUGUAUGUCUCAGAAGCUGGUUUCUGUUUAAAAUUUAUGGUCAAGUUACAACAUCUGAAUUCUAAUAUGGAUUAAAAACUCCACAUAAAUAUUUUUCCCCAUGCGUCUUGGGUUAUAAUUUUCCUUUUAAGACUUGCAAAUAUGCUUUUAUUGCACUCAAUUUUGUCUCCAUCCGUACUGUAGAAUUAUAAGCCUUAUGCUCUUAAUCUCUACAUUUUCCACUUUUACAUGCCAUUGAAAAAUAUGAACGUUAUUCUCAGGACACUUUUUACAUACAUGAGUGGUGGUAAGUCAGGUGCAACAUGGAGAGCAGAAGGGUUUCACGUUCUGAUUUUUACUUAAUGGAAAUUUUCUGUAAUGGUUAGAUGUUUAUCUACAGGAAGGUGUGGGUAUUUCAGGUUUGAGAAUGUUUUUAUUGUUCUCAGUUCCCAAAUGACAUAUAACACCUUCGGAAGUAGGACAACUCAGAUUGUCGAAUUAAUAAACGUGAAAGAUGUAAAAACUUCAUUUAUUAAAAAUCCUAAAUGAGACAUUUAAACAAGAAUUUAAGUGCUAGUAUAAAUAAUUAAAAAUCAGUCAAGUUUAUGUCAUUGUCUCGAGUGUGGCUGUACAAAUCAGAUCUAGGCUUUAGAGACAUACUUGUAUAACAUUUUGGAGCACAGGUUUGAUAUGCUAUUAAAUGCUUAUAAAUAUAUUAAAACACAUUUCUGAAUUGCAGUUGAGUGGAAUGGUUGGGGAUUGCUCGUGAUGCUACAUUGAAAAAAUUAGGUCACCUAAGAUGUAUGUUUUAGCUCAUAAGUAUUAUUUUAGCUCAUAAAGCUCAUAUAAGAUACACUUGACAUUGCUUUUUUGUCAGCAAGAAGUCAUUGAUGGUAUUUUUCUCAGCUUUUAAUGUUUUAAUUUGAAAGAUUGAAGCAUUCUGACCGUUCAUUCAAUCCUGUUGGUGUGAAUAAAUUUUGGUGUCUUGAAGAAUUUUAAGGAGGGUGGAUGCGCAGUUUUCAACUGCAAAAAUAAUGUAAACUGUUCAGUAAUUGUUAAAUUGUGAUUCCCUGCUAUCAUUUUCAAAUCCAGGACAGUGUUUAUUUUGAAUUGUUAUGUUAUUUAAAGAUAAAAAAUUCAUUGCAAUUAGGAAACACACAGCCUCACAAAAUAAAAAGUGGUUGUGAUUGCAA